GCCCUGCGGCGCUCGCCGGCGCCCGGCUUACCGGCGCCUGGCCCGGCCUCGCCCCCGUUACCGGCCCUUCCGCCCCGGCGCUGGCCUCGUCCCCAGGGCCGGCCUUGCCCACAGUUGCGAACCCGUCCGCGCCGGCCGGCGAACGGAUGUCCCCGCGGCCCGCCUGGUGGCGGUCGUGCGCCCCCGCGCCCCCUGACCCCUGCCCGCACGUCCCCGCCCGGCCAGACCCCUGGGCCUCGGGACAGAGGCCGGGGCCUGCCGGGCCUCCUCUGGGAAGGAAGUCUGCCCCGAGCUGAUUCCUAGACCCUGGGGCAGCAAGGGCUGCCUGGGCAGAAUGUCACGAUGGACGAGGGGGGCACACCCCUGCUCCCUGACAGCCUCAUCUACCAGAUCUUCCUGAGCCUGGGCCCUGCAGACGUGCUGGCCGCUGGGCUGGUGUGCCGUCAGUGGCAGGCCGUGUCCAGGGACGAGUUCCUAUGGAGGGAACAGUUCUACCGAUACUACCAGGUGGCCCGUGAUGUGCCCCGACACCCAGCGGCCACAUCCUGGUAUGAGGAGUUUCGUCGGCUCUAUGACAUGGUACCCUGUGUCGAGGUGCAGACUCUGAAGGAGCACACUGACCAGGUCCUCCACCUCAGCUUCUCCCACUCUGGGUACCAGUUUGCCUCCUGCUCCAAGGACUGCACGGUGAAGAUCUGGAACAACGACCUGACCAUCUCGCUGCUACACAGCGCAGACAUGCGGCCCUACAACUGGAGCUACACCCAGUUCUCCCAGUUCAACCAGGAUGACUCGCUGCUGCUGGCCUCGGGCGUGUUCCUGGGGCCACACAACUCCUCCUCAGGCGAGAUCGCCGUCAUCAGCCUAGACUCCUUCGUCCUGCUGUCCCGCGUGCGCAACAAGCCUUACGACGUGUUUGGCUGCUGGCUCACGGAGACCAGCCUCAUCUCGGGGAACCUGCACCGCAUCGGAGACAUCACCUCCUGCUCAGUGCUGUGGCUCAACAAUGCCUUUCAGGACGUGGAGUCGGAGAACGUCAACGUGGUGAAGCGCCUCUUCAAGAUCCAGAACCUCAAUGCCAGCACCAUUCGCACAGUGAUGGUCGCCGACUGCAGCCGCUUCGACAACCCUGAUCUCCUGCUGGACCCCGCUGACCAGGCCACACCCCUCUGCCGCGUCUUUGACCUGGGUGGUGACAGUGAAGAUGAGGCUGCCAGCCCCCCUUUGCACAGCCCCUGCCCGGGCCGCACCAAGGAGGGCUUGCGGCGUGUGCUGGAUGGCGUGCUGGACGGGGACAGGCAGCUAUCAGAGCGUGCGCUGGAAACCAGGGUGGCCGAGCUGCUGGCCCAGGGUCACACCAAGCCCCCAGAUCGCAGUGCCGCUGACACCAGGAACAAAUACCUCAUCUUCACCACUGGCUGCCUCACCUACUCGCCACACCAGAUCGGCAUCAAGCAGAUCCUGCCACACCAGAUGACAACUGCUGGGCCUGUGCUCGGCGAGGGCCGGGGCUCUGACGCCUUCUUUGAUGCCCUGGACCAUGUCAUCGAUGUGCAUGGACACAUCAUUGGCAUGGGCCUGUCCCCAGACAACAGGUACCUGUACGUGAACAGCCGCGCCUGGCCCCCAGGCUCUGUGGUGGCUGACCCCAUGCAGCCACCACCCAUUGCGGAGGAGAUUGACCUGCUGGUGUUUGACCUCAAGACCAUGCGGGAGGUGAAGCGGGCACUGCGAGCACACCGGGCCUACACGCCCAACGACGAGUGCUUCUUCAUCUUCCUGGAUGUCAGCCGGGACUUUGUGGCCAGUGGGGCUGAGGAUCGGCACGGCUACAUCUGGGACCGCCACUACAACAUCUGCCUGGCCAAGCUGCGGCAUGAGGAUGUGGUCAACUCAGUGGCCUUCAGCCCCCAGGAGCAGGAGCUCUUGUUGACAGCCAGCGAUGAUGCCACCAUCAAGGCCUGGCGCUCACCACGCACAGUGCGUGUCCUCCAGGCCCCACGCCCACGCCUGCGCCCCUUCUUCUCCUGGUUUGCCAGCCAUAGGCGCUGAGGGCAUGGUGACUCCAGUGCUGGGACCCACAGGGACGAAGCCUGUGGCUCCUCCCUGAGUGGGGUGGAGAAGCUCACGUUAGCCAUGCCUUAGGAAGGGGCAGCCUGGCCCCAGCACGCUUGCUCACACAACCUGCUCAAGGCCAUCAGGCUCAGCGCUAGGGUGGCCGCUGUGAGCGGCACCAUAGACCCCCACAUCAGCCUCUUGGCCAGCUUAGGUGCACAGGACACUGGAGGCUCUGCUCCUCACCCACCCCUACCCCUGAGCUGGCUCGGCUCAAGCCCUUGGGACAGUCAGGGCAAUCUGCACCCAGGAGUCCUGUGGCUGUGGGUGACCGCCCACUGGUGGCAGAGGGCACCUGGUUUAGGCACCAGGUGCUUGGGAGGGGCCAGUCUGCUGGGCCCAUGUGUGCUGCACAUGCACGCCACCUCUUCAGGGUCUCGAAUAAACAGCUGGCCAUAGCACAUGGUCGUCCAGUCUCUGUCUGCAGGGAGAGGGCCCCGGGCACUGCUGGCCCACUGCCUGUUGGUAACCACCUUAGAAUUCCUCCUGCCAGUGACAGCAGGCCGAAGCAGAAGAGCUGAUGCAGGUCUAUGUGCCUCGACCUCCGAGAUGGCUGUGUGCUCUGCUGUGCCCUGUGCUUAUGGCCCCAGGGAGACAGUGGCCGCAGCCCAGGCCAGUGCUGAGGCGGCGUCCUCAGGGAGUUCCCUGGCUGGUGGGGAAGCACGUAGCUGCCUGGAGCUCCAGGGGUAAGGGAAAGGACG